AUGAAGCCUCGUAAGACGCACCUCAAGUCACGCACAGGAUGUGCUACUUGCCGAGCGAGGCGCAUCAAAUGCGAUGAAUCUAAACCGCAAUGCAUCAACUGUACUCGACGACAGGUCCGUUGUGACUUUUUGGGAGCCGCGUCUUCGUCGCAGACUUCCCCAGGAGAUUCUUCACCGCAGGUGGCUCGCAUCUUGCACGCUCUUUCAGAUAGCGAUGCAGAUGGCUCUGUCGAACAGGAGCCCGAUUCUCUUCUGAGACUGUUUCCGACAGAUUGCCCGGACUUUUCGAAACAGGAACGCUUCCUGAUCGCACAUCUCUGUAGAAUCAGCGAUGGCCUCGUCGCGGUCGGCAUGGACACGCUUGAUUUUGGUUUCUCUGUGGUGCCAGAGGCUCUCCGCAUAGCGGUCGACUGUUCAUUUGUUCGACACAGCGCCUGUGGCCUCGCAAGUACUCAUCUAGCACUUCUCACUCAAUCCUCCAGUAUCGUACACCUCGCCUACUACUACAAGUGUUUGGCACUUCGGGGACUUCGUGAGUCGUUGCGAGUACUCAACCAGGAUAAUGUUGACGCCAUGAUGGCUGCAUCGUAUCUGUUGAGCUGGCAAGCCUCCCAAAGCCAGGAGUUUAUGCAAAUCAUGAAAGGCGUUGAUCUGGCCCUAAACGAAAUGGAAAACUUCGAUCACAAGUCAAAGCUCCGUAGUCUCAUUCGAAACCCAAGUAAGCCUAGGGAGCUCGAGACAGGCAAUGCAGGAAUUGCGCCCAAUCCCUCCGAGAGCUCGGUGGAACUGGUUUGUUCAACGCUGAGGGAAUUGCAAAAACAAGUCAGCGACGAACCUGAGCUUGUUCGUGGCACCAAGGAGUUGAUCAACUUCAUGCAGAACUUGCGAAUAUCACCACCAGGACCGACAGCUGAUGAGCACCUCCAAGCAUUGCAUCCUAUUCGUCAUUGGGUACAUUGGCUUCCAAGAUCGUUGACCAGUCUUUCCGACUGCGAACCGCUUCCUCUGGUCUUUCUGGCACAUUACCAUAUGGUAGUUUUAGCAGUUGAAGCGAUUAUCCCGGCCGCGCCCAACUUUCUCCUUGCGUCCAAGCGUGUGGAGUACAUCGAACGACUCGAAGCAAAAAUCGGCCAAGUGUAUAGUCCGCCAGAAAAAUUGCCCAAACAACCCGGCACUCGCAGACGAAGACAAAGUCUCGAGGACCUGCUGUCUGGCCCAGCGGCUUUUGCUCGGCAGUACAGGUUGACGAAUCUGCUGUCCUCGGAGCGUCCUCCAUUGCGGGGAGCGGAUUCCUCAUUCUCGGAUUCGGGCACAGAGCCGCAGUGGCAGGACCCUGGUCCUGCCAACUUCACUCUGUACCAAUAA